ACGCUGCUCACGGUAGCUACGGUUGAAAUUCCAAUGCUAAACAACAUUUAGCCAGCCUGCUAACAUGCAAUUUAGCGAACAGGGAAGAACCGCGGACACGGCCGCACUGUGGGAUUACACACGCAAGUAACAUUGGAUUUUUGACACGGGAUUACUACAAGAAUUGUCUCCAUGUUUUCUGCUGAGCGAGUCUCCGUUGCCGUAACCAGGACAUGUCGAGUUAGCCACAUCGGAGCAAUCGGUGGAUAACGAACCUGGCAAGCUAGCCAGCCCGUUUGGACUGGGUCUGUGUUUCUCUCCUGGGGGAUUGGAGCAGGGGUUUUUUUGUUGUUUUUUAUCGCCGAGAGGACGGUAAGGAAACCCGCAUGCUGUGUCUACCAUGAGUCCUGCGGGUUGUCCCCAUGUCAGCGGCUUCAAAGUGGAUAACUGGAAGCAGAACCUGCGGGUCAUCUAUCAGUGUUUCGUAUGGAGCGGCUCAGCCGAGACCAGAAAACGCAAGGCCAAGUCCUGCAUCUGCCACAUGUGCGGCGCUCACCUCAACAGACUGCACUCCUGCCUGUACUGCGUCUUCUUCGCCUGCUUUGCCAAGAAACACAUCCAUGAGCAUGCCAAGAGCAAACGGCAUAACCUAGCUAUUGACCUGCUGUACGGGGGAAUUUACUGCUUUGUGUGCCAAGACUACAUUUACGACAAAGACAUGGAGCAGAUUGCUAAAGAGGAACAGAGGAAAGCCUGGAAAAUGCAAGGCGUAGGGGAGAAGUACUCGACGUGGGAGCCCACUAAAAGGGAGCUGGAGUUGCUCCGCCACAACCCCAAGAGGAGGAGAAUCACCUCCAACUGUACCAUCGGUCUCCGUGGUCUGAUAAACCUGGGCAACACGUGCUUCAUGAACUGCAUCGUCCAGGCGCUGACACACACCCCGCUGCUGCGCGACUUCUUCCUGUCCGACCGGCACAAGUGCGAGAUGCAGAGCAACUCCUGCCUGGUGUGUGAAAUGUCGCAGCUCUUCCAGGAGUUCUACUCCGGCCACCGCUCGCCCCACAUCCCGUUCCGCCUGCUGCACCUGGUCUGGACUCACGCCCGUCACCUGGCCGGCUACGAGCAGCAGGACGCCCACGAGUUCCUCAUCGCAGCGCUGGACGUCCUGCACAGACACUGCAAGGAUGACAACGGGAAGAAAGCCAACAACCCCAACCACUGCAACUGUAUCAUCGACCAAAUCUUCACAGGAGGCCUGCAGUCCGACGUCACCUGUCAAGUCUGCCACGGUGUGUCGACCACCAUCGACCCGUUCUGGGACAUCAGCCUGGACCUGCCGGGCUCCUCCACCCCCUUCUGGCCCCUCAGCCCCGGAGGCGACGGCUCGGCGCUCAACGGGGAGAGUCACACCACCGGAGCCACGACGCUCACCGACUGCUUGCGCAGAUUCACCAGACCGGAGCACCUCGGCAGCAGCGCCAAGAUCAAGUGUAGCGGUUGCCAUAGUUACCAGGAGUCGACCAAACAGCUGACCAUGAAGAAGCUGCCCAUCGUGGCCUGCUUUCACCUCAAAAGGUUUGAACACUCGGCCAAGCUGCGGCGGAAGAUCACAACCUACGUCUCCUUCCCGUUAGAGCUGGACAUGACGCCCUUCAUGGCUUCCAGUAAAGAGAGCAGGAUGAACGGGCAGUACCAGCAGACAGUCGACCCCUUCAACAACGACAACAAGUAUAGUCUGUUCGCAGUGGUGAACCACCAGGGGACGCUAGAGAGCGGCCACUACACCACCUUCAUCCGGCAGCACAAGGACCAGUGGUUCAAAUGUGACGACGCCAUCAUCACCAAGGCCAGCAUCAAGGACGUCCUGGAUAGUGAAGGGUACCUUUUGUUUUACCACAAACAGUUCCUGGAGUAUGAAUAGUUCCUCCGUCCGCGGAGCCGCAGGGAGAGACGGGAGAGGACGCAGUGGAAGGAUUUGUUGGGGGAUGAAGGUGAUGGAGCGAUGAGAGAGGCAAGGAAACACAAGCCUACCUGAACUCAGAAUCACUCUUUGUGGCAGCAUUCACGCUAACAAGAAGCACCCGGUAUCCCCUGUGUCCACCAGGCACUUUUUUGUUUUUUCAGCUAACAGCACUCAGUCGACACAAUGGAGAAGUGCUGGUCAUGGCUCUUUUUGCUGCUAAGCGACUAUUGAAAACCUGUUUGAAGGCUGGCGCUCUUUUGCUCAAAGUAUUUUAAACACCUCGCACUAAAAAAGCAAAGCUCUCAGCACAGCUGCGAACUCGCACCAGGGAGUCGUUUCCACUGAAAACAUUGAGGAAACAGAUGCAAAUGUUGUGAACGAAGAGAUCGUCCCAGUGGACACAUGACCCACCUCGCAGAGGUGUCGUUGGCCAGGCUCAAACCCACAAGGCCGACGCACGACGGCAUGAAAGUCGGCGUUGCUACAAGUUGUUGAAUCAUACAAGCCUGAGGCGUUCAGGCUCCUCAACACCAUCACAUACAUACAUGUCUGUUAACUUGGAGAGUAAAAGACAAUAAUUUACUUCAUAAUGUCCUUAUUCCUGUGAAUCAACCUGUAUAUUAACCUAUGGAACAGUAUUGUAAAUCCACAGUAAUAGGUUGGUCGAGUAAUGCACACCUGCUCAACUCCUCUUUGAGUUUUACUCCACAUCAAAGAUGAACUGUGUGGAAAAAGUCAUUCGUCUCCCUUUUGUCCCAGCGGAAGACACAUGAAAUAAUUUGAUAACUGCUUCUAGGGAUCAGAUCAGAUCAGAUCAGAAAUACUUUACUGAUCCCCAAGGGGAAAUUGGGUAAUUGGAUGCACUGGAUCCAGGAUCCAGAUUGGGAUCGAGCAGGAUUUAUUUAUUUAUUUAUUUAUUCGUUUUUUUUGGCCUAUUUGUCAGAGGCAGUGCACAUUGAUAAUUUACAUUACUGUAAAUGUACCAGCGUUAUCCAGAGGCUACCUUUUAUAUGUCGUUCCUGACCAGGUGUUGCAUAGACUCCCUACAAGUUAAUAGAGGUAAAGGUAAAUCAAAAAAAAAAAAAAAAAAAAAACAGAAAGAAAAGAUAAUAGAGUAAAGGCUUUCAAAUCACAACAACAUUGAUAGUGAUACACAUUACAUCAGAUAAAAUAAAUUUAAAAAGUUCUGAUAGAAGUUGACAGUAAAGUGGUGACGCGGAAGCAACAGCCGAUGGUGCUGUUACUUAAAAAAAAACAAAUACUUAGUGCACUUACAUUUAAUGAACUAGUUCUAGGAUUUGCAGAUCCUAAAAACAUGGAUCCAGUGUAUCCUCCGUAACUUGAUGCAGGCCUAGAAGGGAGUCACUUGAGCUUUAUGCACUGAAAUCUGAAAUGGUACUGUAGAAUCUGUUGCAUAAUGUUGAACAAAGAGUUUUCUGCAGCGCUGAUGCAGGAUAAUGCAAGAACCUUCUACCAAACCUGCAAAGUGCAAGGACCCUCCACAAGGGGCUGCUUUAUGCAAUUUACUUUCACAAUCCAAGUGUACAAACAUUUUUUUUUUUUUUUUUUUGUCCACUCAAGGACUGCUGCACGCUUUUAAAGUACAUCACAGAUUAGGGUGAUUAUCAUUAAUCACGGAUUAUUGUGCACUUGCAAUACUUUUUCCUUGGCAUUCACUGGAAUAAGGGCAUUGCUAAUCAACACUCUGUUUAAGACAACAAUCGUGCUAUUCUUCUAUAAGAGAAAAUACUACUCAACCAGUCUGCGCUCACUUUAAAACAACAAAAAAAAAAAAGUGGAAGGAGGUCAAAAUGGAUGGAGGAGAACGGAGUUGGAUCCCGUGCUCGCUCGCUCUCAGUCGUUGCACACAGACGGAGGGGCAGAAGUUUGUUAAUUGACUCUAUUUGCUUCAGUUUGACCCGCGGGAGCCGAGCGGCGUCAUCGCAGCCUCCAGCCGGCCUCGGCAGCAGCCGGGGCUCCGGGCCGACCCGGCAGCAGCUGGUCCAGGAGGGGGAAAAUCUAUUUUUCACUCAUUUUCCUUUUCAUUUUCCCAGAUUUUACCAGCCGGCGUUGGAUUUAAACUGCGGCGCUUUUCUGGUCACAAGCACACUUGUCUACCACACACACACACACACACACCUCCAGAUGACCAAACAUUUCAAGGAUGGAAGUUGUCUUAUGCAUUUUUACGCAUUAUUAUUCUGAAUGCAAAAAAAAAAAAAAAAGAAAAAAGGAAAAUCAACCCAACAAAGGGUAUUGUGAACAUUGUAUAGCAAGACAGAUUUUAUUCCAUUCACCACUUGUGAUUAAUUUGUAGUCGUCAGAUACUGUGUACAGCUAGCAUACAUUUACCUAAAUGAGGAAACUUUUUUUUUUUGACGGGAGAAUGAGCGAUAAUGGAUCCCGGCCCUCUUUUGUUUCCUCUAACGGGCACAGGGGGGAAAAAAAACACACAGUGAAUAUAUUUUUAUACAUAAUUAAAAUGUUGGUUUACGGUUUUUCGCCCUCCCCGUCUCCCUCGAACCUCGUCCGUGUUACGUUGUGCUGUCAGUCAUGUUUUUUUUGUUAAACUGGUGAUGCUCAUUGUCACGAGACUGCUGUCAUGGCGCCUGAGCUUUUCCUCUCUCGUUUUUAUUUGGCUUGUAUUCUUUCUCUCUUUCUCUCUCUCUCUCUCUCUCAUGGUGACGACAUUACAGCGGCAUAUAGUUUGUGUUCUAGAUAUGUUGUCGUGAUGCUGUUUCGGGUCAAUGGCGAAAAAGAAAUUGUGCAACGAAACAAAAGUGAAAAGAGGAGGAGCGAUACUCUCACCACUGAGUGUGUAUAACGGGCCGGGAAAAAAAAAA